GAGGCUCCCGUUAACAAACUGAGGAUAUUUUUUACACCUUUUAAGCGUUUUUAUUUUUCAGCCAUGGACUCAAAAAUACGCCUAGAAAUUAUCGGCUUAGUUAAAGACCGUAAUUUUCAUGUUGCCCGAAGUAUUGCCGAAGGACUAAAACAGAAGUUUCCCGAUGCAUUUCUGGAACCAAAAAUUCGACCAUUACUCGAAUUUGACUGGCACUCAUAUCUGUGCAACAAGAAAAGGGAGCUGCGUGGUGAAGCGUGGCAGUACUCCAGCAGCCUGAUGUGCUUUUUAAAAGGCCUUCUUCUCGGUAAUGAGAAGGAUCUCGCCAGCUGGGCCAAGAAUCAGUGGAGUUUCACAUUCACUCGGCCACAGGCUUUCUACAUGGCUCUCACUGAGGACUGCUACACCAAACACCUCCAGAACACUGGGCAUCCAUUUGUCUUCAUGGAUAUUGAGAUAGCAGGAGAGCCAGCAGGGAGGUUACUGUUUGAGCUGUUCUCAGAUGUUUGUCCAAAGACAUCAAAGAACUUCGAGGCUCUGUGCACAGGAGAGCAAGGUCUGUCCCAGAGUGGCCUCCCACUCUGCUACAAGGGCUCGGUGUUUCAUCGUGUGUUGCCCAACGGCUGGGUUCAGGGAGGAGAUAUAUCACCAGAGAGAAAAGGUGAUGGAGGGGAAUCAAUCUACGGACCGACUUUUGAAGAUGAGAGCUUUGCUGUGUCCCACACUAAACGGGGCAUCCUAGGACUGGCCAAUAAGGGUCCACACAGCAAUGGAUCCCAGUUCUACAUCACUCUGCAGCCGACACCGUGGAUGGACAGGACCUACGUUGCCUUUGGGCAAGUGGUUGAGGGUGUCGAUGUCCUCAGGAGAUUAGAAGAAACUCCGACCUGUAAUGAAAGACCCAAAUAUGACUGUAAAGUUACAGAUUGUGGAAUGUUUCAGUUUUAGCACCGACACAUUCAUUUUGAUGUUGUUUUAA